CGACAAGCCACAAUGGAUUACUAAUUGCGAACAGCUAGCUGAACAUUUCAAUGAUCGUCUGUUUUCCAAGUACCAUGACAGUGAUGAACUGCGCCUUAUUUUCGAUAGAUAUGACGUGCCAGCAUCACUGAAAGCUUCAACCAGAGUUAAGAGGCAAGGAGGCGAGGAACCAAUCUACUACCACAUAACAGAUUCAACCCAAAUCAACAAGAUCAACAUGAAACGUUUACUAUCGCACUCAAAGACAAAGAUGGAGCUGACAAUCUAUCUUGGAGAGAAGACAAUCCAAUAUGCUCUACGAAACCAAAGGCGUUUUCUUGUAUCAUGGAGCUGCCAUUGUGAAUCAACUCAUCUAGAAACAACCCAUCUACAAAGCAAUCACGAAGAGGCAGACACAAAGAUCAUUCUACAUGCCAUUGACGCUACUUCCAAUGGAGCCACAACAAUCAACAUCCAUUCUCCAGACACUGAUGUGUUUGUUUUGUCAAUACGUCGAUAUCCAGAGCUUUGCCGUAACACAAACUUUGUGACUGGAGUAGGAACACGACACCGUAGUAUCAGCUUGCGACCGAUUUUCCAUGCACUUGGCAAAGAAAAAUCAUCUGCUCUACCAGCUUUCCAUGCUUUAAGCGGGGCAGAUAUCACAGGUUGUUUUUCCGGGAAAGGAAAGAAGAUAUGCUGGAAGGUUUUCAUUUCAGCUGAUGAAGAUAUAGUCUCAGCUCUCGGACGUCUYGGAACUAUCGAGCAACMAGAUGAAGAAACCAUGAMARGUAUUGGCAAGUUUGUGUGUAAGCUUUACCAGCAAAACUGCACAACGUCUGAUGUAGGAAAGUUGAGAUGGUCCCUAUUCARGAARAACCAAGCACAGUCAGAAAGACUUCCGCCCACUCAAGGAUCACUAUUUGAGGCCAUUCUCAGAGCCAACUACCAGACUUUGGUUUGGAACAAUGACAAGGUAUCUACACCAGACAUACCAUCACCUGAAGGAUAUGGAUGGAAGCUCGACAACAAUGGAGAAUGGGUCCCUUUGAUGACAAAGAAACUACCUGCCCCUGAGGCAAUCAUUGAGUUAGUGAAGUGCGGCGUCGUUUUCCUGGAGCUUGAUGUCGAGACAAGCACAAGAAACGCUCGAAUAUCAAGACUUCGUAAACUGGACAGUGAAUUCGCUAAAGGACUUCUUGGCCCUUCGAGGACUUAA